CUUAAUCAAACUGCAUAAUUCAAUUCGAUUUUUCGGUUUGGGCUCCAUUUUCCUCACCAAAUCGAGAGGAUGAGAUGAAAAAGACAUAGACCUAAAACCGUUCGUGUAAUUUGACUAUCCUUGAGUAUAAUGAUUUGUACAGAAUUAAAUAUUUAAUAUUACCGGAAAAGGCAGUGGCGACGUACCCACUACCCGAGAGACGCACGCGCGCCGAAAGCACACGGCUGAACGGACCUAACUUCUGCGGCUGAGCUGAUAGCUACGCUCGGCUGCUUGUCGGCUUCAUUUUUUUUGGCCAAUAGUUGAAGUUUUCAGAUUCUCCUGGUCGUCGGCAGCUUUCAGUCAUCCGUUAUUUUCCGUUUUUGUGUAAAUUCUAUGUAGUGCAGUUAUAUGCUCGCGAGGAACUCAUAUUCUGUACAAUGGAGAAAGAUGAAUUGAUCAAACUUCCUGCUUCCAGUAACUCUGUCCAUGGAAGUGGGAUUGAUGAUCGAAAUGAAUCGGAUCUUGAAGCCAUUGAAUCUGAUUGUCUUCCUCCAAACUCUGAGUUAAAAGCCAAGAUUCAUGAGGAGGAAGCUGGAACAUUAUCGAAUGAUGAUGAUGUGGACAUGUCAAUUUCAAGUGAUGAGGAGAAUUCGGAUCGUAACACCCCUGUACUUAAAAAAGUUGAUGUAGAAACAUCAGGUUCUGCUGAAGCAGUUGUAAAAAUGACACCUGUCAGCCACGUGCAUGCUCAAAAUGGAUCUCUAUCAGUUCAGCAAGAAAUCAUUUUCAGCAAUCAGAAGAACGAUGAAACCCUUGUAUGUAAAGAGGAGACGAAUUCUAACUCUGUAAGUGGUGCGAAGAGACCCCGGAUAUCUGUUGAUGAGCGCCAACCUUCAGUGCGUGUGAUCUAUAGUUCAUUGCCGAGAGAAAGCAAACUAAAGCUUGAAGAGCUAUUGCAGCAAUGGUCUAAAUGGCAUUCAGAAAAGUGCUCAUCAUCAAAUGAUCCUGGGCUGGAAUCGGGAGAAGAGACCUAUUUUCCAGCUCUUCAAGUUGGCUUGGACAAGCCUUCAGCGAUAGAUAGCACUUCAGUUCCUCUUUAUGAUCGUGGAUAUUCUUUAGCUUUGACCUCUGGUGAUGAUCCCAGUAGCUUGGAGGGUGGUAUGGAGAAGUUGGAUACUUCACGCUGUUUCAACUGCAGUUCUUAUAGCCAUGCUCUCAAAGAUUGCCCUAAACCUCGCGAUAGUGUUGCUGUUAAUAAUGCAAGGAGAGAACACAGGUCCAGACGAAAUCAAAAUUCCAGUUCUCGUAAUUUGUCGCGAACGAGAUAUUACCAAAGUUCUCGUGGGGGAAAGUAUGAUGGUUUAACGCCAGGCGUGCUUGAUGCCGAAACAAGACGAGUCUUGGGGCUUGGAGAACUUGAUCCACCUCCAUGGCUUCAUCGAAUGAGAGAAUUAGGUUAUCCACCUGGCUAUUUAGAUCAACCUUCGGGUAUAAUAAUUUUUGGCGAGGAGGUAGCAAAGGAAGAAGGUGAAGAAGGAGAAAUCCUCGACUCGGGCCCCACCGAACUCUCCAAGAAAAAGACCGUUGACUUCCCAGGAAUAAAUGCCCCAAUCCCCAAAAAUGCUGAUGAGUGGCUGUGGGCUCGAAACCCUUCGUUUGCCAACCUGUCAGGAUACAAUUCACAACGCCGACAUAAUAACCGAACGUACGAAAAUCUCAACACAAGCGAGCGAAGAUGGUCGAGGGAUUUGGAUGAUGUUGGGCCUCCGGGCUGCGAGCCCGGGACCAGCCCAUCUCUUUCUAAUCACUUUCCUAGGUAUGGUGAUCAUGACUAUGGGCUUAGCCCGGGCUACAGCAGGCCCAUGUCAGACAGGGGUAGGAGGAGCCCACGGGUGCAUGAUGGUUCCCCAAGCCAGGGGCAUUAUGGUAAUCUCUCGUAUACUUCUCCAAGCAUCAAUGGGCAGAAAAAGUUGGUGAAGCAGAUCGAUUUUCCAAGACCCGGUGAUACCGAUAAGAUCCUGGACGAGCUCACAGGCUGGGAAAGAAUGCCUUGGACUCCAGAAAAAAUUCCAGUAAAUUUGAAACAAAUACUACCAACCAUGGGGAAAAACACCAACUCUUCCAGAUUCUGGCGAAUGACGUGGCAGGUGAACCCGAGGAAUCUUAAAACUGCAACUUCUCUAAAUUUUCAGAUUCUGGCGAAUGACGUGGCAGGUGAACCCGAGGAAUCUUAA